AUGUUUCAGAAUGAUGACUACAUAUCUGUUGCACUGCGCAUACGACCUGGAUAUAUAGUUCGUUUUGAACCAUUCGCAGAAGCUGAUCGUAUUCAUCACAUAUUACUAUACGGUUGUGCACAGCCAGCUUAUGCAACGCAAUUUUGGAGAGGGAAGGAUAUCUGUGGAAGUUCUAGCUCACAUAUUUUAUAUGCUUGGGCAAGAAAUGCCCCUGACCUUCAUCUGCCGAGAGAUGUUGCCUUUAGUGUCGGACAUGAGACAGAUUCCGUCAAAUAUUUAGUUAUGCAAGUUCAUUACGCGCAACCAUUCAUAGGAAAGGUAUUGGAUUAUUCAGGUAUCACAAUUCAUAUGGUUGAUGAGAAACCGCUUAACUUAGCUGCUGUUUUGUUGUUUGUAUCAGGAACUCCAAUUCCUCCUGGAUUAGCUCAUUAUCAAACUAAUAUGAGUUGUUUAUUCAAAAGUGAAACACCAAUUCAUCCAUUUGCAUUUCGUACACACACACAUGGCAUGGGACGAGUUGUUUCAGCUUUUUACAAACAUUCUGAUGAAUGGAUAAUGAUCGGUAAACGCAAUCCACAAUGGCCUCAGUUGUUUGAGCCGAUUAAAGCGAAUCUCACAAUUGUUAACGAUGAUUUGAUUGCUGCUACAUGUGUUUAUGAUUCAUCAAGUCAAAAAUCCGUCGUACAGAUGGGAAGCACAGGUUCGGAUGAAAUGUGUAAUUUUUAUAUGAUGUUUUAUUGGAAUUCUUCAUUGCCAGAUCCACUUCCUGAUGAAGCUAAUUGCUACAUGCAAUACAAGCAACAACUUGUGAGUAAAGAAUAUCCAGUUGAAGGCAUUAGUUUGCUUCCAUCUCAUCCAGAAUGGGAACUCAAAGCUCAUCAAAGUAGUAAACCUUUUGGAAUCAGUGAAGGAAUUAAAACAAGAUCAAUCAAUGGUAUCAAACUAGGGCAGGUUUCAGGGCUUUGCUUUGAUUCUUCUGGAAACUUGAUUAUAUUCCAUCGUGGUAGUCGUGUUUGGGAUUCAAACUCAUUUAAUACCGAAAAUGUGCUCAGAGAUAAAACACCAAUUAUGGAAGACGCAAUUUUAGUUACGUAUUCAAAUAAACCAAAUGCAACAUUUCUGCUGCGCCACAAAUAUGGUAGUGGAAACUUUUAUAUCCCUCACAGUAUAGCAGUUGAUGCAGAAAACAAUUAUUACACAACAGAUGUUGGAUCUCACCAAGUUAUUAAAUGGGCUGUUUCAGAGGGUGUACUUACCAAAGUUUUGGAAUUGGGUGAAAAAUUUAUACCUGGUGAAGAUAAAAAUCGUUUUUGCAAGCCAGCAGGUGUUGCUGUUACCAAAGAUGGAAAUAUUUUUGUUGCUGAUGGCUAUUGUAAUAACCGAAUCAUGAAAUUCGCUCGAAACGGACAAUUCUUGCUUCAGUGGGGAAUGGCAAGUUAUGGUAAUUUUAUUAAUUAUGCAGCUUUUGGCAUGUCAGUUCCACCACUGGGUACCUUUUCGUUACCACAUGAUAUUGUUACGAAUACUGAUAGCUCAUUGUUAUAUGUUGCGGAUCGUGAAAAUGCUCGCAUACAAAUAUUCGAUACUUACGGCCAAGUAAGAGGCCAGAUAAGUAAUACAGCCAGAAGCAAAGCAUUUUCUAAUAUCUAUUCAGUUCACUAUCAUGCCGAUACGUUGUAUUUCAUUCCUGGUCGAUCAGAAAAAAAUGAACAAAUGAGCGCAUUUAAUGCAAACGCAAGUGCUGCGCGAGUGCAAUUUUCAUUUCAGCCAAUAAAUUAUCAAUUUAAUAAACCACAUACAAUUCGAGUAUCACCGGAUGGACAAUAUAUUUAUGUUGGAGAGUUGGGAGACAAUGGUGGUCAAGUGUUACAGUUUAUAAUUCAUCGGGAUUUACAUAAUGAAGGUAAUAAUAUUGAUUUUCUAAAAUUUGUUUAUAAAAAUUCAAUACCGAUUUGCUUUGGUGAUUUAUUGAUUGGAACCUGGUGUAUUGCAGUGAAAAGUAGCAGUGAUUUUGUGCCGUUUAGUGCACAUUCUUCUCCAUAUUCAACUUCAACAUCUUAUUUUCCUUACAAAUUUUUGAUUGCAAUGUUUACUUUAACACUUUUGGUCAUUUAUGCUUAUCGACGAAAAAAGUUGAUCAGAACUGUAAAGCAGCACUCAGUUUUAGAUCGAGCGGGCUUUCGACCAUUACGAACUGAUGAUCCAGAAACAUCUGAUGACGAAUCAGAAGAUGAUACCAUAAUCGCACGAGCAAAUCUGGGUCAUAAGUUUUGA